GCUCACGUUCCCUGGCUACAUACCAUCAGCACGACCUUCUUCAUGAGAGACCAACGUGAAACUUUUCAGUGUUCUAUAGAUUUGUUCAUCCUGCCAGCCAGACGACGAUACCAAAUAUAAACAAUUGUAGCGACUGAACUCCAGAAGCGACUGAAGUUCAGAAAAAACUAUUUUGUAGCCUAAAUUUUAAGACACCAUGACUUAAACUUUUUCCGUGGAGAUAUUUCAAUAAUACUUGCAUAAAGUGUGUUGUUUGUGAGGCGUACAGUGUUUCGACACCAUGCCCUGUACCAACAAUCUCAUUUGGGAUAUUAGGAAACGCACCAUCGGUUCCAACAAAAUAAACAACUUUACAAGGAGUAACUACUUAGGAAGAAAAGAGUUUGUUCAAAGGCUGAAACUUGAAGCCACUCUUGAUGUACACGAGGGCUCUGUCAAUACGAUAUGCUGGAACAGCACAGGAGAAUACAUCUUAUCUGGAUCAGAUGAUGACAGACUGGUCAUCACGAACCCAUAUAGCCGGAAAGUCAAGGCAUCCAUUACAUCAUGGCAUCGAUCCAAUAUCUUCAGUGCCAAGUUCCUGCCCCAAACCAACGACAGAAUGAUUGUGUCUGCAGCAGCCGACGGCAAGAUCUUCCUCACCAACGUAGAGAGGGGUUCCAACAUGGACCCUGUGUUGCAGUACCACUGUCAUAACGGUGCCGCCUACGAGAUAUUGACGGUACCUAGUGACCCUCAUUCUUUCCUGUCCUGUGGAGAGGAUGGAACAAUCCGGUGGUUUGAUGUCCGAGUUUCUCCUGGCUGCUGGCAAACUAACUGUAAAAAGGACAUCCUGAUUGACUGUCGGCGAGCAGUAACGUCCAUGGCCAUAUCCCCUGUGGAAUCCUUCUAUCUGGCUACUGGCUGCUCUGACAGCUCAGUCCGUAUCUAUGACAGGAGAAUGCUGGGUACCAUAGCAACAGGUUUCCAGACAGGAAGCGGGGUGGCAGGAAUGUGUGCGAGGUUUGUACCGAGGCACCUGCUCAACAAGUCAUGUCGCGUGACCUCAUUGGCCUACAGUAGGGACGGCAGGGAGGUGCUAGCCAGCUAUGCCUCAGACUAUCUCUACCUGUUUGACCCUAAAGAUGACAAGGGACGCGAGCUGAAGGGACCGUCACAGGAUAACAAGAAGGAGACUCAGCAGAAGCGUCUGCGUCUGAGAGGAGACUGGUCAGACACUGGACCUCUGUCACGGCCAGAGAGCGAGAGGGAGAGGGACGGAGAGUCCAGGCCUGGAGUGUCUCUGAUGCAGAGGAUGUCAGACAUGUUGUCACGCUGGUUUGAGGACGCCAGCGAGGCCCAGAACAACAGAGGAGCCCGUCCACAGCCACGACCCAGGGUAGACCCUGCAGCAGCUCCUCAAGGUAGUGGGCUUCACCAGGAGGCUGUGGUGCUAGGGAAUCCAGCCCCGUCUCAACCAACAUCAACAGCCAGCUUCUCCUCCUCCAUGGAGAGCCCGAGGAGCCGUAGGAGUGGCAUGGGGACAGGAAGUCUCCAACCAUCUCCUGGGGAGCCAGUCCUGAGUCUGACAUACAGCGACCAGGGGGAACCCCCGCGGGUCAGGAGCCCAGAGCAGGUGUCCGACACCAGGCAGAUCUCGUCCCUCAGCCAGUCGGAGGUGGAGGGCAUGGGAGAGGAGCCCACACCACAGCCCCCUGGGGAAUGGAUGCAAAGAUUUAAUUUGAGAGGAUCAGAAUUAGGGGAAAGAGUACUCAGACAUGUUGUAUAUCCUUCCGAAAGGCGCUCUGCUGCUGCGCGGAUCCAGGAGAUUUUUCGGCGGCGGAAAGAGAAGAAGGAGUUGGCGGAUUGCGAGACUCGCCGUAUCGGGAAGCCCUCAGUAGAAAAGGUCUACAAGGGCCACCGUAAUUCCAGGACUAUGACCAAUCAGUGUUGUUUCUGGGGUGACCAGUUUGUGCUGAGCGGCUCAGACUGUGGUCAUAUCUUCAUCUGGGACAGAGAGACAGGGGAACACCUAAUGCUGCUGGAGGCAGACCAGCACGUUAUCAACUGUCUGCAGCCACACCCCUACGAACCACUGUUAGCCACAUCAGGGAUAGAUUCCAACGUCAAGAUCUGGUCACCGAUGGAGGAAUCCCCAUCAUUCAACAGAGUACUCGCUGAAGAGGUGACCUUCCGUAAUGAACUGAUGCUGGAGGAGACCAGGAACACCAUCACUGUACCUGCCUCAUUCAUGCUGAGGAUGCUGGCCCAACUCAACCACUCCAUCACAGCAGAGUCUGAGGACAAUGAGGAAGACGAGUAGCCCUAUCCUUCGCUUCCACACUGGGCUGUUGAAUGUGUGAAGUAGAAACAUAUUAUCUCAUUGGAUUCACUUUGUGGCCAUUAUAGUGGUAAUGUUACCAUAGGGACUGGAGUAUUGGACCUCACCUAGUGUAGGUUAUAGAACACUAGAAGAGGUUGUGUUAAAUAAAUAUAGUUUAUAUUCAGAUGUAGAUCAGGGAAUGUUUUCUACCUAUUUCUAUAUUUUGUUCAGGUGUCCAGCCUCUCCGUCUGGCUAUGAGAAGUGUUCUCUCGAUGGUUUCUCGUUAUUCUCCUCUGUACUUUGUGAACCUCAGGCCUUUUUGUGACAAGUCACAUCUUACUUUGUGGCUUUUCCUGAUACUCUGCAACGACGGCUUCAGUUCUGACUGUUGUCAAUGUGCUUGUUUACCAAAGAGAAUGUGUUUCAUUUAAGAAUUUACCAAUGUUUAAAAAAAUUAUAUUUGCUUGAAAUAAAUCACCCUGUUCUUC